CUGUAAUGCCGUGCGCCCUAUCACGCCCUCGACUCGCCUUGCCAUGCCGCGACCGCAUUUAAACCCGCUACGGCGCCUCUACAGUACGUGCCUUUGUCACGCACGCUGCCAUUGACCUCACACUUGCCCAAGGACCUCCUCUGGCCGCGUCUGCUCGGGUGCCCAUUGUCCGCCCCGUGAGCCCCUCCCUACACAAACUCCAUACAUCAACCGUCCGGCUCAACAUGGGCGAGGCGUCACAGUACACUGGCAAGAGCAGCAAUAGCCUGCUCGAUGCUGCGACCAUUGAGGGCGUGACGUGGGGCCAUGAAAAGAACCCGGCGGCCUUUGACUUCCGCUCCGAUGUGCACACGACGCCCACGCUGUCGAUGCUCAAGGCCAUUCAGACGUGCAGCUUGCUCGACGAUGUCAUGGAGGAAGACACAACCACGUUGUCCCUCGAGCGCUUCGUUGCCGACUUGACUGGAAAAGAGGCGGCGCUUCUCGUUCUCUCUGGCACAAUGGGCAACCAGGUUGCGUUCCGAUCCCACCUUACCAGUCCUCCACACGCCGUGAUAUGCGACCGCCGAGGCCACAUUAUCAACUACGAGGCAGGAGGUGUAGCGACCUUGUCCCAGGCCAUGAUCCAGUCUCUGGACGCGACCAACGGCACAUAUCUUACCCUAGAAGAUAUCCAAAAGUACGCAGUCAUCUCGGAUGACGUCCAUGCUUGCCCAACACGCAUGCUGUCGCUUGAAAACACGCUCAACGGCGCCAUUAUGCCUCUUUCUGAAGUCAAGCGCAUAUCAGCCUGGGCGCGCCAACAUGGCAUCAUCAUGCACCUAGACGGCGCACGCCUGUGGGAGGCGGUAGCUGCGGGCGCCGGAUCCCUCAAGGAGUUUUGUGCCGAAUUCGACAGUAUCAACCUGUGCGUCAGCAAAGGCCUUGGUGCGCCCAUUGGCAGCAUCCUCGUCGGCACCACAGCUUUCAUCAAACGCAGCCGCUGGAUCCGCAAGUCGAUUGGUGGCGGGCUACGCCAAUCUGGCGUCGUGGCUGCUCCGAUGCGUGUCGCUAUCGAGGAAACGUUCCUUGGUGGAAAGCUGGCACAGUCGCACAAGAAUGCCAAGCGGAUUGCAAAGAUGUGGACCGACCUUGGGGGGAAGCUGCAAUACCCUGUAGACACCAACAUGGUGUGGGUGGACCUGAAAGCCUCCAAUGUUGAUCUAGAUAGCUUUAUCGAGCUGGGGAAUAAGUAUGGGGUGGUGGUGCGCGGUGGCAGGUUUGUGGUGCAUUACCAGAUUGGCGAAGAGGCGAUUGAGGCAUUGCGAAAGGUCUUCACUGACGCGCUGACGGGCAAGGAGCCGGCUGGAAAGUAGACAAAUGCAGCCACAAUAAGAAAUGUGAAUGCAAAUGCGUCUACCAAGUGAC